AUGCUUUUAUUAAAUCUCAUCAUCGUCUGUGCAAUACCCUGGCUUAAAGCGUCACCCUCGAAGCCCCGAGGCAACCUGGGAACAUGUGUGGAUCCGUUGGGUGGACGACGGAGAGUUGGCGAAGAAUGGGUAGGUCUAGGAAAAAUAUUACACCGUUUUUUUAUUUUCAUUUUAUUUUUACAUCCUUCUUGUUCAACAUUCUUGUGGAUUGAGUAAUCAUUGGUGAUUUACGAGCCGGAAUUUUUGUUUUACUAUUCUUUUCAACCUUUUUUGGAAAGGAUUUUUUGAUAGUGGGUAAUUUCGCAAAAUUUCGAAAAUUGUUUUUCCGAAAGUUACUAUGCUAUCUUUCCACCUAUUUUUUCGCCCAAUUUAAUUUAUAGUAUCCAGUCAAUGAUAUUUCAACAAAUUUAAUCCUGACUAAUCUUCAAUCUGAUUAGUUAUCCUAAAUUUAGCAUAAUUGAAGCAAUUAGCAGAUGAGUUUUACAAAUUGCUAAUCUCAAAAAAAACGAUAGGUGAUCGUAUGGGGUACAGUAAACUGUCAGGCCUAGGAUAGUCAUUGCCGGGAUGAGCUGGUCAAAUUUAUUUUAAAAAUUUUGAUGAAAAGUCUUAUGUGAUCUUUGCUGGAGCGGCCGAGAUAUUUGGCCGGCCUUCCAGCUGAGAGAGUUGAGAAAAUGGAGAGACGGUCAGAGAAAACUUGAUUGCUGAUCGUUUUUUAUGAGGUACUCGGAGAAAGCUGACCUUCUACUUUUUGACAUAAAAUUUACGGUCACUUCUGUAAAGCACCUGUUAAAAAUGCCGCAUACGUUUUCGAAGAUAGUUUUUUUUCAUGAUUUGAAUUUUUUUCUCAUUUUGCACUUCACAUUUUUUUGAUGACAAAAGAAGACCCCAUACGGCACUUCCUAAAUGUCAUUUAUGUUCUCUGUAGCUUUUCAUUCAUUGUACAGGGUUUUCGACUUUUUUCUACAACCCUUCCAUCAAACCGGCCCGAAUUCCGUCGCUUAUUCCACAGCCAUUUGUCAUGUUCAAGGCCGGCGGAAUCAAUCAACUUUUGUUUCAGCAAUACGAUCAUAAGUUUGCACGUCGCUGUGUGGAGACAAAAAACGGCUGGCGAAUCGAGACGUUCGCCUGCAUCCUGCCCAGCGGCGAGUGGGUCAAGAUCGGCGAGACCAAAUACGGUGCGUCCUGCGAGCGGGACGAAUACGGUGUCACGAAGCUCUCCUUGCCGUUCACACUGAAUUGUGGGGCACGGGAAAAUGGUGGGUGAAAGCUUGGACACUUCAAACAUUUUGAAGCUCAAUUUUUUGGGCUACAAUGUUUGGACUUCUAAAAAAAAGUAUUAGGUCUAAAAGUAUGACUCCGCCGUUUUUUGGCUCGACAAUUUUAAUCAAAACAAAAAAAAUUACAUUAAAGCUUAUUCAAUUAUUAUUACCGCUACUAACUACGAUAUUUUCCCACAAUUUGAGCAACUUUGGAAUACCAUCAGUGAAAACGUUUUUUUGUUUUGAGGCGACUUAGUCAUCGGGCCAAUUUUGGACAUUUUUGCAUUCAGCGAAGCGCUGCCACCUCAGAUUGGGUUUCAUCGGUCGAAAAAAGUGUUAUUCUGAAAGUUCGAUGUCAGAAGAGUAUAGCGGGUAGGGUAGGACCUUUAACCUUAGGUGUUCUAGCGUGCAAAAUAAAGUUUCCCGCAAGUCACCUCUUCUUAGGAUGAGGUUGUACGAAGCGCAUAUGAUUAGAUAGCGUUUUCAACGUCCUUUCAUAGCAUAUAAACAGAAAUUGUAAAAUAAUAUUCCAACCUGUAAAAAAUGAAAAACAAAAAAACGGCGGAGUCAUACUUUUAGACCUAAUAGUACCAAAAGUUUAUGACCAUCUAUUCUUUUCUUUGUCAUAAAUUCGUGAUUUUUCCAGGAGAGCAAUGGGAUGAAGACGAGUUCCGAAAAGAAUGUCACUACGGUUCAAUAAGGCCGAUUGGUUGUUACACCAGAUAUCGACAUCUCAUUCCAGCCAAUGGAGUUUGGGUGGAAAAGAAUGUUACUUACAAGUAGGCCCAUUUAAUCUUCUUUUCGUCUAUUUUUGUUGUUUCCAAUUUCUGAAAGUAUCGAUAUUUCAUCCACUUGUUUAGAUGCGUCGUGACUGGACGAGGCGGUCUCGCGAUGACGACCGAUUCCACCAUGAAAACCUAG